GAACGGACCAUAGCUCACCAGCAAAACUCUGAGCAAGGAGGCAGCGUGGGCCGUGGCAGCACAGAGGUGCAGCGCAGAGCAGAGCAGAGCAGAGCAGAGCAGCAGAGACACGCAGACACAGGCCGCGCCGUGGACUUGCUAAAAAACGAAAAGCACCGCAAAGACAAGCAGCACCAGCACCACCCCCCCCCCCCCCCCCCCCCCCCCCCCCCCCCCCCCCCUCCUCGCACCUCCCACACCACACCGACCGCGAUUUUCUUGCUCGCACCGAAGCUCCCUCGCUCCCAUUCGCCCCCCUGUCCUCUUCUCCUGCCGUCACCGACGAACAACAACAAUCACUGUCAGCCUUCGAACUAA